AGUUGCUUCAAGUUUCACCGAUCAGCUUUUGUUGCCGGAGUUUUGCCGGAGACCUGCCUGCUUCCUAAAGCUUGUCAGGAUUUUGUAAUCUGAAUGUACUUAUCAAGAAUUGCUCGGUUAAAGUUGAUCUAAACCAAGGAUCUGCAGCUAUAUUUAGGAACAAAGAAAAAUGGUGCAGUUCUCUUCUAUUUUCACUGGCUUUACCAAAUCUAGAAAUGGGAGGAAAAGUAAACAUGAUGUCGGAAGGGAAGCUGCGGAUGCAAUGGCUAAGGAAGCCAAAAAGAACGACAUGAUGUUAACAUCAUCUGGCUGUGUAGCUGGUGGCUCUGAGAAUUUGGCUGCUGUUUUCUCCAAAGGAGGGAAGAAGGGUAUCAAUCAGGACAGAUUUCUUGUAUGGGAGGACUUUGGAUGCCAAGAUGACAUGAUUUUCUGUGGGGUGUUUGAUGGGCAUGGUCCUUGGGGUCAUCUUGUUGCUAAAAGAGUUAGAGAAUUGAUGCCACCAGCUUUGCUUCGUAAUUGGCAGAAACGGGUUGCCAACUACAUGGAUGGCGAUGGGAUGGGAAUAGAUGAAAGCUAUUUCCAGUUUGACAUUUGGAAGCAAUCUUACUUUGAGACUUGCUCCAUCAUAGAUCAAGAGCUCGGGCAGCAUGCUGACUCUUUCUACAGUGGUACAACAGCUUUGACGCUCGUUAGACAGGGUGAUCUACUGGUAGUAGCAAACAUUGGAGAUUCUCGAGCUGUAUUGGCAACAACAGAUGAUGAUGGUAGUUUAGUGCCAGUUCAGCUCACUGUUGACCUCAAACCCAACUUACCUCGUGAAACCGAGCGAAUAAUGCAGUCAAGAGGGAGGGUGUUGUCGUGCGACGAUGAACCAGGGGUAUACAGAGUGUGGAUGCCCAUGGGGGAAGGACCUGGAUUAGCACUAUCAAGAGCCUUUGGUGAUUACUACAUAAAGGACUUUGGCCUUAUUUCUGAACCAGAAUUGACAUCAAGAAAUAUAACCCACAGAGAUCAGUUUGCCAUCUUGGCAACAGAUGGGGUAUGGGAUGUUUUGUCAAACCAAGAAGCAGUGGAGAUAGUUUCUUCAACACCAGAAAGGGAAGAAGCACCUAAGAGACUGGUGGAAAGUGCUAUUUGUGCGUGGAAACGCAAACGAAGAGGCGUUCCCAUGGAUGACAUCUCUGCAAUUUGCCUUUUCUUUCAUAACUGUAUUCCUCCUUCCAAACAACAGGAUUGUCCAAAAUUCGAGAAGAAGUUUACAUGAACUACCGGCUGACUUACAGUUGCUGCAAUUUUUGUUUUCUCUCUUUUUCCUGUACUGAUUUGUACAUAAGUUCAUACAUAGGCUCAUGUUUUCUAUAUUUCUAUCAGGCAAUGAAAUGGAAAAUCUUGAAAUUAGCUUCAAAACUUAUGUUCGUUCAUGUACUUUUUGUCAAUCAAACUUUAACGUUAAAGAAUAUGGUUAAUUUCUGUUUUCCAGAAUAGAACAUACUCAAUAUUAUGUGUGCAAACUUUAAAAUGAAAAAGAAAAAGGGCGGCUAGGAUCUUCAUUUCUUUAAAUAUUUCAAUGCACCGUCAAAAUUCCACUUUCUUCUUGCUUUUGACUAUUUAGGCAGUUUAGAAAAGAACCUUUCUAAUGCACGUACAUUUUUUUGUUUUUCAUAUGGACUUUUAAACUCCCACAACAACAAUGCCAUCUGUCAUUACUUUUAAUAUUAUACAAAUUGUUGUAGACUUGUAGUUCUUUAAGAGAUUUCGAGGAAUAAAUUCGGUAUUAUAUACAAAUUUCAUUACAACCUCGAUAGGUCGU